GAUCUCAUACAGUUUGAAAGAUAUAUUUCAGCUUGAAAAAAAUAUUUCAACAUUAAGGUAUAUUUUCCAAAAAUCGAUCCAUAUAAAUCCUGUGGAUAAGUGCCUAGUUCUGUCUGUAGCCUCUAAGAAUGCUUGAUUCCAUUGCCUAAGUUCACUGAGCACAUCCGACUGGAUAUCAGAGCACUUUUAUCUUUCUCUGCAAAGUAAUAUGCAGCACGUGUUCCUAAUCAGAAAGGACUUAGAAAGAAGAUCCGAAGACAGAGGAUAUUUUAUGCUGUUUAUGAAGUUAUAUAUCAUGUUUAGGUGAUAUUUUAUACCUGAAGAGAGUAAUUCUAUUUUCAGCCCACAGCUAUCGUUCUCAGUACCCUGUGGAGUAAAGCUGUUUCCAGCACUGCUGAUCUCAACCAUGUGUUGAAAGUUUUCUCGAAUACUCACUGACUUCAAGUUAACUAAAUUCUUUCUCUUCUCAGUCAUUAAAUAAAAUGGCUUAUGCUGGUAUUUUCAGACUUUGCUUUACUUCUGGUAAACAUCUAAUUUACUGCGUUAUUUCAUUUGCAGACAGACCCCCAAAAUCCUAAGAAACAUUUGCCAGAAGCAUCAAUUUUCUUCUGAGUGAACAGAGAGGUUCUGCUGGUGUUUGUAAGGUACAGAUGACUUUGGAGACAUCUAUUUAAGUUGUAGAAGUUAUUAAACACCAUGGACAAUUUCAAAGUUGAGUAAAAGAGCCAACACCUUCACUACAGUGGUGUCCCCCCAAGGGGAACCAACAAGAGCAUGAAACAGCCUAAGAGUCUUUGGAUAAUCUACUCUGACAAAUAUCACAUAUGCAAUCAUAUUUCAACUGCAAGGCGAUCAAGUUAAUUAAUCCCUAGAUUUCACACUGGCAGCAAUUCAGAAAGUUGGAGCUCUGUAACAAAUAGAGUUACCUUCUCUAUUUGUAAUGAGAUAUAUACUGACACUGUGAGCAAACUGCAGAGUCUGUGCCCUGGAAACAAUUUGCAGGCCAUGCACUUGUACGAAAUAGAAGGGAAAUUAUGCUGCACGUUUGUAUUGCUGUAAUUAUUUGUAUCUUAUAGUGUGUCUAGAGCAGUGGGAACUAUAGGAGACUUCAGCAAGAGUGAGAUGUUAGCCUAACUGGCAUUAUGUUAUCUGCCUUUGGGUAACAGAGGCUAUGGAAGACAAGGCAGAUUAAUUAGAACUCAGAUAACCACUGAAGCAGGAUCUGCCCGAUUCCUUGGCUCUGAGGUUUUCUGAACAAGCACCCCGCGCUGUGAUUCACGCCGCACAGUUCAAAAUCAAAUAGUUGUGAGAUCACAACUGAUGGUUUCGAUGAGCCGCGGCUUUGGCAGGGGCAGUAACUAAUGGCACACCGGAUCUUAAAUGAAUCAUCAGUUUCCUGGAGACGCUUGCACGGCUACACUCGUGUUUUCUGCACACCGGAACAACAAAGGCGAGCUCAUUGUGUGCCCGCCCGCGCCUGCCCUCACGGCGGCGUUACGUUACUUCCCGCUCUGCCGCACCACACGCGCCCCACACCGCACGGCGCAGAAGCGCGCCGCGCCACGCCGCGUUCCGCGCCUCCCAGACGGCGCAUGCGCCGUGCGGCGGUGAGGCGGGAGCGCGACCCGGUGGGGUGAGGAGGAGCGGCCCGGGCCCGCCUUCUUCCUCCCGCUCCCUGGUUGGCGGCGAGGCCUGCGCCGGGUUCGGUCCGCCGGGCGCGAGGAGCGCGGAGCCAUGGCGCAGCGGCGAGCGGCGGCGGACAGCGCCCGGCACCAGCGGCUGCUGGAAGGGAAAGCUCAGGCGGAAGGUGGAUCAGCUCGAACGUCCCUUCUGAUUUUGGUGUCCGUCUUCACAAUAGCUGCUUUCCUUAUGUUUCUGGUAUAUAAAAAUUUCCCACAGCUCAGUGAAGAAGAAGGAAAAUGCAUAAAGAUUCCAAGAGAUAUGGAUGAUGCAAAGGCCUUGGGAAAAGUCCUGUCCAAAUACAAGGACACGUUUUAUGUUCAAGUAUUAGUGGCUUAUUUUGCCACAUAUGUUUUCUUGCAAACAUUUGCUAUCCCUGGGUCUAUAUUUCUCAGUAUCCUGUCAGGGUUUCUUUAUCCCUUUCCACUGGCCUUAUUUCUUGUUUGUCUGUGUUCGGGACUUGGAGCUUCGUUCUGCUACAUGCUUUCAUACUUAGUGGGACGACCUGUUGUAUACAAAUACUUAACGGAAAAAGCAGUGAAGUGGUCAGAACAGGUUGAACGUCACAGAGAACACCUCAUUAACUACAUAAUAUUUUUGAGAAUAACACCAUUUCUUCCUAAUUGGUUUAUCAAUAUAACAUCUCCUGUAAUAAAUGUGCCAUUAAAAGUAUUUUUCAUUGGCACUUUUCUAGGUGUGGCACCGCCAUCUUUUGUAGCCAUUAAGGCAGGAACAACACUAUACCAACUUACAACAGCAGGGGAAGCUGUUUCCUGGAACUCUCUUUUUGUUCUCAUGAUUCUAGCCAUCCUCUCCAUCCUACCAGCUCUCUUCCAGAAGAAACUGAAACAGAAGUUUGAAUAAUGAUCAAACUGGACCCGAAUUUCCCACAUUUCAUCUCAGGAUUGGCACUUCUGAUAUUUGUAUAUUUGCUUUUCUAUUGGCUCAUAAGCAUUUUAAAGGGAAGCUUGUGAUGGUAGGAAUGUCUUCAAAUGAACACGUGGCCUGGGAGAACUAUGUUCAGAAACGUACUGCGGACAGUUUUAAACCAAACCAUCAGUGUUCUGCUUUGGGGAGUGAGGAUGGUAUGCGUGGCCCUCAGGAUGAGGGAAGUGAAAACAGAUGUUUUGCUCUGAUAAUAUGCAGAGCAGAAGUUGUAAUGUAGACGUGAGCUACAGAUUGCUUUCUAAAACUUGCAAGAAAAAAGAAAUCCUUAAUUAUUUGCUCAGAUUUUGUAACAUUGUCAACAUUUCUAUAGCCUUGAGUGUGAUCUGAUCUGAGCGUACGUCUCAUCAACAUUUUUUUUUCUGGAAUUCCAAAAUAAUAGCAUAAUACAAUAACGGUGCUCACUCAAACUUAUUUUUUCUGAAUAGUUGUGUAACUACGAUAAUACAUUCAUCCUGAUUGUUUACUUCUAUUAGUGCUGUAUGGAUUUAAAUACUUGAACCUACAUCUGCUUUAUUAACUGGAUUAACAAAGGCAAUGUGUCAGAUCAUUCUGUCUCAUUCUAAUUUUUUUCUUUGGGGGGGAAUGUAAGAGAGCAAGCUAGAAUUCUUACUGUGCCCAGCAGAUGUUCUAAUAUAACUUUUUUAAUGUUCAUCUUGCCAAUAUUUCACUUGCAUACAUUUAUCCUGCAAAUUCAAGAAAAUGCUCAUAUUUAUAUAAAACUUUAAUUUCAAGUGAAUUAAGGAUGUAUAAGUUUAGUGUAUUACUAACGUUUCUCAAGCAUUAUACAGAGAAUGUACAGUUUUUCAUUGUAGCUCAAUUGGCUAGGAGCAUCAGGUACAUAAAUUGGUGCAGUUCUUAUAAAAUAGCUGGUUCCAAAUACUCUUCAAAGCAUCAAGUAACAGAAUUUGGUGAACAUACACGAGAUCAGAAGGAUGAUUCCAUUUUCUGGCAAGUUGGUAACUGGCAAUGGACAACCAGCUACAAUUUAUCUUCAAAAAUAUGCAUAUAACUAUUCACUAAAUAAGGUGCGUGGUACCUCACCUUGUAUGGUUAUAACUGUUGUAGUCUGUUGUAUUGUCAGUGGAAUCCUGUAAAAUGAGGCCCUGAUCAGCAAGGAACUUGGGUGCGUGUUUAAGUUUAUCCUACUGUAACCAGUGCUGCUUAUAGUCUUUAAGUUUCUGCCCCUGAAGUACCUUGCUGAAACACGAGUUGGCACGUUAGCAUAUGCUCUAGUUCAAGGGUUUACUUGUCUGUGUCCUCAUGUUAACUCAUCAUACAAGAGAUCAUUUGAGUUGUAAGAGAAUAGUUUCCUAAAUGGGAUAAUGUGAAAGGUACUGGUACCUUUUUAAAGAAUCUUGUUCUUUUUGUAACAUAAUGUUGAUUGACUCAAUUUUAUUGCAGUAUUAUGUGUAAAUAUAUAGUAAAUACUGAUGAACUA